AUGAGUCCAGACUCCAGGCUGGAAUAUGGAGACAGGACUGUUAAAACCAGCGCCCCGACAACCUGGAACGACCUGCCUGAGGAGCUAAAGACGAUCCAGCACACAGGUUCUACUUCAAGGCCCGACCCAACAUCUGCGACCCAGUCCAGACCAGCCGUCAUCACGACCACCACAGCUAACAGCAGCAUCAACAACAGCUCUUUCAUUAAGGAAGCUGUCUCUGUUAGCUUAAGCUCCUCAGGUAGUCCAGCCAGCAGCACUUCAUCGGUAACAGAAGCCGUCUCCACAUCAACUUCCUCAACCACAUCAUCCACAAAUGUCUCAUCUCAGAGUCCAACCCUGAGCACAGACAUCGCCACCUCCACUGCUCCACAAACAGAAAGCUCCAUCCCUGUCACCAGCACCCCCAGCACAAGCAAAACAACCACUGUCAAACACACCAGCCUGUCCCCGAGUACUACUGACCCCAAAUCCCCCAGCGCCAGUGAAAGUCCCACUGGUACCACCACCAACACUUCUCCUGGCACCCCCACCAGCCUGACCACAAGUACUACUGUCACCGGAUCCCCCAGCACCAGUGAAAGCCCCACUUGCACCCCCACCAGCCCGACCCAGAGUACUACUGUCACCGAAUACCCCAGCACCAGUGAAAGCCCCACUUGCACCCCCACCAGCCUGACCCAGAGCACUACUGUCACCGGAUCCCCCAGCACCAGUGAAAGCCCCACUGGUACCCCCACCAGCCCGACCCAGAGUACUACUGUCACCGAAUACCCCAGCACCAGUGAAGUACAAUAUUUAUCAUCUCAUUCUAGCAUGUAAGCAGAAGCUUUAGCACUCUAACAUUUGCUAUAUAGCACGUAAACACCGACAAAAAGUUCUAGCAGAGUCUGAUGGGAAUGCUGUAAGGCUUUCAAAGGAGGGGGAAUGGGAAUCAGUAGCAGAGAUAUCAUAGAGAUGACGUGUGAGAAACAGAGGUCUAGUAAGCUCACAGCGUGUUAACAGGUUUUCAACUCACUUCCAAACGUGAACUCAGUUUCUGUGUAAGUCAUUCAUAAACUAUUGUUAAUCUUUAUUUAGUUUCACUGAGUCAUAAAUGAUCUGUAUCUUGUAGAACUAUUUUAUUUAGGAAUGCCAUUGCUGGUUGGGAGAAGCCCAGGAUACAUUCUCAAUGCAUGUGCUGCUCUCUGCUGGUGAACAGUAAUAAAUACAACAAAGACGUUGUGGAUUUAUAAUUACAUCAAUCACAAAUUCAAAUACACUACACAGAUAUUUGCCCAGUUAAGUA